AUGUCGACUUGCUCGUACACGCUGUUGCACGACCUGCGAGCUUUCGAGCGCACCUACCUCGCCGCGCUUCGAGAUGCUACGGUCGAUGGCAUACUCGUGAAGGACUGGUGCGCGCUCCUCGGCAGGAUUCAGAAGGCCUUCAAGCUUGGCGAACUAAGCAGCGACGCUAUCGCCGUGGUGCAAGGUGUUGUGUGUCGGGUCCGCAUUGUGGCCGAAGGAAUGGCCAAUUUGCAGGCCAGUUGCGACACGACCAUCAUCGACAUGGUACGGCAGGCAAAGUCGACGCUUGACUCGACGAAGGAUGGGUACGAGUCGGGUCCGGGUCUUGACGCAAAAUCCCUGAGCCGAGACGCCGACUCCUUCGACUCGUUGGACGACCCCACCACCUUCACCCCGUACCGGCAAUGGUUCCUCGACCACUUCUCGAACCCGUACCCGUCGUCGAAGGACAAGGACGCGCUGCUCGAGCAGGUGACGGUGCACACGCGGCGGCAGCUCGACACCUGGUACACGAACCAGCGCCGGCGGUCAGGCUGGCACGCCCUCAAGCGCAAGUACGGGCGCAUCUCGACGUUGCUCAAGCGGAUCGACGAGGCGGGCCAGGACGACGAGGAGAUGCAGCAAGCGAUGAAGGAGGUCGAGUGCGUCAGGGCGUACUUCAAGAACGACCGGCAGGAUCACGUCCGUGACGAGAUUCGCGAGAUCAUCAGCCAGGGCCGUCCGACGACGUCGACGAAGCGGCGGAUCGAGUCGGGCCCGGCGAGACGAGUCGGCGGCAAGAUGGCGCGUCCUCAAGCCCAUUUCCUCGAUAACCCUCCUUCGACGCCCGCGCCCCUCAUGCCCGGCUCGUGGACACCCUACCCCGUCGGCCAAGACGAGGACGUCUUCGCGCCGACGCCUACGACUCGCCUGGAACUCGCGCCUCGCCUUCCCUUCGACUUCAGCUCGCCCGACUCCUCCCGCCGCACCUUCUCCGGAUCCUCCUCUUCUUCCACCGACUCGCUCAUCUCCUACGACCCCCUCGACCUCCCCGUCUCCAAAACCGGACCCGGAUCCCCUCCCGCCUCGUCGUCGCUGCUCAACUUCGACGGCCGCUCGACCUUUGUCCACUCCAGUCCCGCUCGCGCCUCUCGCCAUUCUCCCCGCCGCGGCUCGUUCGUCGUUCGCAACAGCGUCUACCCGACUCGCCCUCACCCGUACUUCUGCACCGUCAACGAGUUGCCGACUGGUUCGUCGCUCGCUCGAUUCGCCUCGUCCUAG